UUGAUCAUUAAAGUUAUUCAAUCAACUACCUUCAACAUGAACGCCAACAAACAACAAACAAAAAAAAUUCCCAGACCCAUGAACUGCUUUCUGGCCUUCAGACUUGAAAAACAGGGCGAAAUUCUUACUCGUUGCCCAGGAGCCAAUCAUCGAGACAUUUCCAAAAUCAUUGCCAAGUGGUGGAAAGAAACACCAGAACAUGAAAAAGAACCUUAUCGUGAAAAAGCACGCAUUUCAAAGAUUGAGCACUCUAAAUUGCAUCCUGACUACAAGUACUCGCCUAACAAAAGACCAGGACACAAGCCUAGAAAAUAUGUC